AUGUUCAGCCAGGGCGGUACCAGCUCCUCGGAUCAGCAGGGGCAGGGCAAUAAGCGACAACGCACGGCAGCCAUGUACCACCGGAAACGUGCCGUGACGGCUUGCCAAUCUUGCCGAUUGAGAAAGACCAAGUGCGACAACGUUCGUCCAGUCUGUGGGUUCUGCUCCAGGAACGGGGCUCAAUGUGUUUAUCCUGGCUCUGGCUCUGAUAGCGAUUACUCAAGCUACGACCCAGCCAGUUUGACCAUUCUGGAUCGGCUCAAUCAUGUUGUAUCUCUACUUGAGUCUCGACCUUUAGCAGUACUCGUGAAUGAAUCAGGCUCAUUUACCAGGCCGAGUGAACCAUUUGAUUCGUCAGGAAGACAGGCCGCCAUCAGUCAGCCAUUACGUGUCACUCCUAUACAGGCAUCGAGCGACCCAACGACACAUGUGCCUGAAAAUGAUAUCCUGCAGGUCCUUGACCGCCUGGAUUUUCCCUCGACAUCUAACAAUUGCGAGAGUAUUAUGCGGUGGCCUAUAUUUCAAGACUUGGUGCCUGAAGUCCACUCCUUCGUUCUCGAGUUAAAUGAGGAUGUAGAAGCAGGCCCCAGUGAUGCCCGGGGCGUCUCAGGAGGAAAGGGCGUUCAGGAAGAGGACUUCAUUCAACUUUCAAAACGAUUUCUGGCAUAUGUACAUGUUAAGAACCCAAUUUUGGAUGUCAAGGAUUACAAGAAGAAGGUUAGAGAAGCAGCUGAGAAUGGGCCACGAUGGGAUGGCGCGUCUUGCCUUGUAGCCUGGUUUCACUUCAAUCGCGCUUGUGUCGAUUUGCGAAACAUCCUCUGGACUCGCAGUCAGAAGAAGUCGAGUGAGGCAACCACACAGGAAACCCGUCGACUUGAACAAAGACUGUAUUGGUCUUGUGUUAAAACAGAAUACCUGGUUGAUGAAGUUUGGUAUAGUGAAUUACGGUACGAGAUACCAUUGCCGCCAAGCGGUAUCACACAGUGUGACUAUCCAGACAUGUUCCCCUCUCCACCAACGGAACUGACCUCUCCAUCGGCCUAUGAUCGGGGUGACACAUUGGACGACGAUAUUGUCCCCGAAGAGGAGAAGAGUUGGUUCUAUUAUUUGGCAGAGAUUUCUUAUCGAAGGAUGAUGAACCGAGCCAUGGCUGUAAUGGCCCGGAGCGGAGAGCACGGUUGGAGUGAUAAUAUCUGUAAAGCUAUGGAGCAUUGCAAAGAGUUCAACGAACAAAUAGAUCUUUGGUAUUCGCACAUUCCACCUCAAAUCGACCCAAAGAACGCAGUCCACACCAACAACGAGCUGGCACAGUUUUUGAGGAAUCGUGAACUAUCUUGUCGAGAAUGGAUACACCGUCCCUUCCUCUUCUACAUACUCCACCAAUCUCCAGAAGAUGAACACUACGGUCGAGCUAUGCCACUGGCGCAGAGGUGUCUGGAGUUUCUUGCUGGCUGCGGCUAA